AUGGUAGGCCGUUUGGAAGGUAAAGUGGCCAUAGUGACCGGUGGAGGGUCGGGUUUUGGUGCCGGUAUCGCGACCAAGUUCAUCCAAGAGGGCGCAAAGGUGCUCAUCUGUGAUCUGUCGGAGCAGAAUGGCACCAAGGUCGCGCAAGAUCUGGGCUGCGAAUUCUUGGUUGCCGACGUCACCAAGCGCGCCGACUGGGAGGCACUACAGAAAAAGGCCAUCGACGCUUACGGGGGUCUCGAUAUAAUCGUUAACAACGCCGGCACCACUUACAAGAACAAGCCGACAGAGACCGUCACGGACGACGAGUUCGAUCUGUGCUUCAAUGUCAACGUCAAGAGCAUUUACCUGUCGAGCAGCGUGCUGCUCCCUUAUUUCAUCGAGCAGAAUCGACCGGGCUGUUUUAUCCAGAUCGCCUCGACGGCGGGCGUCAGGCCGCGCCCCGGCUUGACCUGGUACAACGCCUCUAAAGCCGCUGUUAGCAACGCGACCAAGACCAUGGCGGUGGAAUAUGGGCCCAAACAGAUUCGCUUUAAUUCCGUUUGUCCUGUCGUGGGCAGUACCGGGUUAACACAUCUUUUUAUUGGGAAGCCCGACACCGAAGAGAACAGAAAGGGCUUCGUCUCGACCAUUCCGCUUGGACGAGGAAGUACACCAAAAGACGUGGCAAACGCUUGCUGCUAUCUCGCUAGCGACGAGGCUGAGUUUAUCACUGGUGUUAACUUGGAAGUUGAUGGCGGGCGAUGUGUGUAG